UGUUCCCCUUCCUGAUCUUAACUAGGCGUCCUAUACAGUGUUUUUAUAUGAAUGUUAUUAUUGACUACUGUGAAGCCUCACUAUAGUAGCAACUACAGGUUGACACCAGAGGCAGCUGCCUGGAGACCAUUAUUUUUGGAAAAUGGGGUUGGGGGGCAUUCACUUCCAUACAAUUUGUUUAUUGGGGCGUCACAGCAGAAACAUUUGAGAGACGUUAUUAUUAAUGAACUCAUUGUCGCUCCUCCCCUCCCUGUGUCAUUUGGUCUAUUCCUACCGCUUACUUUGCUAGACGGGGUCAUGGUAUAUUAGGGGUGUGAGGGGGUGCACACUAGCCAAAGAUACAGCUAUUGUAACGCAAACAUUUAUGUAAAUCCUUCAGCAAAAAAUCCUUCACCCUUGAGUAAAUCCAAGCUACCAACUCACAGGAAAUAAGGGAGGCAAACUGUAGUCCUAGCAGCCCCCAAACAAUAGGUAGCCUGCCGGCCAGUGUGACAUAAUUCUCGUCACAUUCUCAGGCCGUGUGUAACUCAGCAAGACCUUUGUUGUAUGAACUGCGUUGCCAGCGCUGAAAGAGUUACUAAACCUUGCCCUGAAUAAACCUUGGAAGCACAAAAGGCUCCUGUGUGCUGUGGAGCGGCAGGCCGAAUGUCCAAUGGGAUGCGGAGAAGAGGAGGCGUGCUAGCCAAUCGACAGGAGCGGGCGGUGACAGCGCGGAGACUGAGGCUGGCAGAGUGUGUUGGGCUGCCGGGAGGUAUUGGAGUUGUGCUUUCUCUAAAGUCGGAAGGAUAUUCAUCGGCGGGACCGGAGAAAGAAGAAGCUGGUGCCCUCACGGUAGUUUGAGGAUUACUACAGAUUGAGGAUUCUUUCUUUUGGACCCGUUACCCUCAUGAACAAAAACACAUCAAGCCAGUGGUCUGCGACAGCAGAAAGAAAGCAGAAAUAGGUCAUUUGAAUUUCAGCAGACACUGGAGAUGAGGACUUCAGAAGAGCAAGCAGCCACCACAGUUUUGCAGCGAUUGCUGCAGGAGCAGCUGCGUUACGGGAAUCCUAAUGAGAACCGCAACUUAUUGGCACUGCACCAACAAGCCACAGGCAACGUGCCUUCAUAUGGUGGUGGUCAAGGUUCCCAAAAUGAGGGUCUGACCCUACAAGACCCCCAGUUAGUUCCACAUGCAGCCCGCCAGGAGCCACAAGGGCAGGAAAUCCAGGUGGAGAAUCUGAUGGAGAAACAGAUACCACUGAGAUCUCAGAACAGUGAAGAUCUCCCUACUUAUGAGGAGGCCAAAGUCCAGUCUCAAUAUUUUAGAGGACAGCCUCACACAAGCGUUGGAGCUGCCUUCUAUGUAACUGGUGUGACAAAUCAGAAAAUGAGGACUGAAGGUCGCCCGACAGUUCAGAGAGUUAGUCCAGGAAAAGUCCAUCAGGAUGAUGGGCUGAAGGACCUCAAGCAUGGUCAUGUGCGCUCAUUAAGCGAGAGGCUUAUGCAACUUUCCUUAGCCACCAGUGGGGUGAAGGCCCAUGCUCCAAUUACUAGCGCCCCUCUCUCCCCACAGCCCGGGGACUUCUACAAGAACUCUGACUCCAAUGAUAUGUUUAAGAAUCCCCCUCAAUGUGGUGGACAGAAAGUAACUGAGCACAGAGGCCCUCCCCCUGAUUACCCCUUCAAAAACAUUUCAACUCUUCCAUUGCAAGGAAAAUCGAAAGAAGUAGGAUUCCACUAUGGGGAACAUAGAGGCAGCUUACAGAACCGUUCUGAUGGGCCUAUGGUCCGAUACCAGCCUCCUCCAGAAUAUGGUGCCUCCAGGCAGAAUCAGGAUGUCCAGCAGCAGAUCCAGCACAGACCUUCACAUUAUCACAGUCCCACCUCCUCUCUCACCUCCUUGGGAUCUAUGAGCCUUCUGCAGUCACCAACAAUCAUGUCACCUUCUCAGCAACAUCCUCCAUCACCAAGCCAUGGGGACUUCUAUACUGUGCCUUCUAGGGCCCAUCACAUUCCUGUGUACAAUCCUGUGUUCCAGCAAGGGGAUGUUUAUCGCUCGCCUCAGUCUCAAUUUGGACAGCAACAACAGAUGGACCCUGUAUUGUUGAGGCCUCCUCCAGUACCUUCACCAUAUUCCCAGAUGCAAAACGACCCCUUUACUAUUGUUUCCCGGGCCCAAAAUAUGGUCAGCCUUUUAUCAGAAGAGAACCGAUCUUUAAGAAAAGAACUGGAAGAUUGUUAUGAUAAAGUGGCUAGGUUUCAGAAGAUGGAAAUGGAAAUCCAGAGAAUCUCAGAAGCUUAUGAAAAUCUUGUGAAGUCCUCAUCCAAGAGAGAAACCUUGGAGAAAGCCAUGAGAACGAAGCUAGAGGAGGAGAUCAGAAGGAUACACGACUUUAACAGGGACCUGCGAGAACGAAUGGACACGGCAAACAAACAGCUUGCAGCAAAGGAGUUUGAAGGCUCUGAAGACAACCGCAAAACAAUAUCUCAGCUGCUUGCCCAAAACAAAGAGAUACAGCGGGAGAAGGAAAAACUGGAGAUAGAGAUUUCUUCCCUACGCUCAACCAAUCAGGACCAAAGAAGGCAUAUUGAAAUUCGGGAUCAGGCUCUUAACAAUGCACAAGCCAAGGUGGUGAAACUAGAAGAAGAGUUGAAAAAGAAGCAAGUUUAUGUGGAUAAGGUGGAGAAAAUGCAGCAAGCCCUGGUUCAGCUUCAGGCCGCUUGUGAAAAGCGAGAACAGCUGGAGCACCGUCUAAGGACCAGACUGGAGAGAGAGCUGGAAUCUCUUCGUAUACAACAGCGCCAGGGGAACUCUCAGUCCAGCAAUGUGUCUGAAUACAGCGCUGCCACUCUCAUGGAGCUGCUGCGAGAGAAGGAGGAGCGUGUGCUGGCACUUGAAGCAGACAUGACCAAGUGGGAGCAAAAGUACCUGGAAGAGAGUGUUAUGAGACAGUUUGCACUGGAUGCUGCUGCCACCGUGGCUACUCAGAGAGACACUGCAUCAAUCAGCCAUUCUCCAAGUGGGAGCUUUGACACUUCUCUUGAGGCUCGGAUCCAAAAGGAGGAAGAAGAGAUUCUUUUGGCCAACAGACGCUGUGUAGAUAUGGAGGGAAGGAUAAAGACUCUACACGCCCAGAUCAUUGAAAAAGAUGCAAUGAUUAAAGUUCUCCAGCAGCGUUCCCGCAAGGACCCCAGCAAGACAGACCAAUCCUCUACCAUGCGUCCUUCCAAGUCACUUAUGUCCAUUUCCAACGCAGGAUCUGGACUGCUCUCCCACUCCUCUGCACUGAGUAGCACUCCCAUUUUGGAAGACAAGCGGGAGGACAAGAGUUGGAAAGGCAGCUUGGGAGUGCUGCUGGCAACUGAAUAUCGAUCGGAAUCUGCCUCCUCCACUCCCUCCCCUAUUCGUCCCUCCACACCCCUUCUCUGUGGACACUCCAAGACUGGCAGCAAGGAUUGCUGCACACAGACAGACAGAGGGGCUGAGCAAAAUAAACCCCCUUCAGUGAGUGCUUCUCCUGGCCCAGGGAGGCUGGCUACUCCAAGCCCUAUGUACAACUCGGAGAGAACAGCAGAGACAGUUUUCCAGUCAAGCACUUUGGAUCGGAAGAACCCUCUCCCACCUCUGGGGCAGGAUCUCACGGAUGGGGAGUUGGUGGAAUAUCUCAUAUAAGCACAGGAUUUAAAAACAAAAAAAUCAGUUAUUUAUAGGAAGAAUGGCCCCAAAUUAUUUAUUUGGAAGCUUGGCAGAGUUUUCUUUUUCAGCGAUCUUUCCUUUUGUAUUUAAAAACCACAUGAUGUAUUUUGUACCAAAAAAAGGGGACUGAAUCUCUGCAGAACAAUGUCUAUUUCUGAUUGACAUACGGCUUCAGUGUUGUAGCCAGAUCAAUCUAUGCCAUAUGUGAAGGGUUAACUCACAGGUCAGUGUCUCUGUGUGACUGCGCCAAACAAGAAUGCACUUCUUUCAUAAUGACUUAUGAAGAAAAAUGUGGGUGGGUGGUGAGUGGACCCCACAAGAUUUGUUUUUUUUUUUUUUUUUCUGUUGUUCCUGCCACCUUUAAAAUGAUUCUUUACAGUGUCAUUAGUAUUUUUGUUUUCAGAAAAGGGUGAAAUGUUUCUGGGAACCUUUAUAUCACCUUUCAUUCUCCUUUAAGACAACUGAACUCUGUGGAUCCAUAAGAAAAAUGCAUUUUUAUAUGUAACCGCUUUCAUACCUUGGCAGGAGCUGGCAGCACUUGUAACCAUAUUAUUUACAAGCCAUUCGCCUCUGUUAUCAGCCAUGUAGGCUUUCUGUAGUGUCCUCCUGUUGUGGCACCCGGGUUUGACGUGUAUAUCUGCAUAUGACUGUGAGCUGCCAUUGUGGGUGCAACCAAAUGAAAUCUCAUCUAUAGACGGAACACUAGAGAGUACUAGUGUUUUACUAGGCAAUAUAUUCCUUUAAUCUUAGACAGUUAUCAGCAUAAUCUACAACUGACCAUGACAAAUUCUAAUGUUGAAACUAAGUGCCACGAUCCUGGUAGUUCUUGCCAAAAUGGAUUUUUUUUUUGUUUCAAUGUAUAGACAUUUUCUAUUAUUUUUGCCCAAUCAUCCAGUUAAGGGCCGAUGCAAAAUUUGGCAGCAUAAAGUGCAGGUGCAAUUGCUACUGUGCAUACUCAGGCUCUUCCUGGCUCAUUUGCUUGGUAUGUAAUGUAUUGGCUGCCAAUAUGAGUAAUUCUAUGCAAAUAUACACGAAUAGGCAGAGCAUGUACAGUAGCGCAACCAGACUACCUGCUAAACUCUGCAGCAGCAUUGAACUCGAUGUAGAGGGGUCCUUUUCAAUUCAUUGGAAUACAAUGUUUAUUUGCAUAUUUACUCAUGUGGAACUGUCCAACCAGAGAAUAUGGGAACAGCUUUACCAGGCACAUUUUUUUCAUGCUGUAUGUUUAGCUUAAUUCACCUGUAAUAUCAUUAGCACAGCAUGUUCUUACAGCUUUCACUUGUAUUUGUAUAAGUUCUUUUUUCCCUUACACAGAGCAAUGUGGGGUUAGUAAGGCCACUUUGCUUGUGUAGCUUAAAGGAGAAGGAAAGCUUCCGAAAUAGUUAGCCAUUUACAUACCUGAGUAAACCGCUCUAGAAGCUUUCUGUUUGUUUAGGAUAGCAGCUGCCAUAUUUGCUUGGUGUAAAGUCACUU